UAACGUUGGCACUUGGUCAAAACAAAAUCCACUGUAUCCUUGUAUAUUGGUGAAUCGAAUUUGGUGUCACACGGCUAUUCCAUUAUUAUGGAAAGAUCCCUUCUUUAAUCACCCUCGAGCAGAUAAUGCCACGUUACUUGUGGACGUUUAUAUUUCUGGGUUUUCACCAGAGGAAUUUCACGCUCUUAACAUACGGCCUCGCAACUUAUAUUCAAAAGGACUGAUAUUUAAUUAUGUCAAAUAUCUACGAAGAAUAAAUAUUACAAAGAUUCAUGACGCUGUCUGUUUUUGGUUAGAAAGUAAGUCAGAAUUAUCUACGGAUGUUCCAAUAUUUCAAUCUCUCUAUAGGCAUUUUGUCAGUUCUGCUCAAAACAUCGAGUAUAUUGAGUUCGGACCUGGAUCAGAUUCCGCCAUAAAUGAGAACAUAUUUAUUCUUCCGAGUGCGCAAUUUAAUCUUUGUAAUUUAGAAAACUUUCUAUGUUACGGAGAACCGAUCAAUAAUUUAUAUUCCACAAUUGCGAAAGUUUCCACAAGAAUCAAGAAUUUGAGAGUUUCUCUAGUUGACGGUUAUCCGAUCUUUUCAACAACAUUGAAUGAUUUAUCGAAUUUAUUAAGAUCACAAAAAAAACUCGAACGAAUUACCCUGGAUAACCAGACCAGUUGUUUCUGUUGUUCACAAGAUCUUUCAUCAGCAUUGGACAUGACAAAUGUUUUGAUCUCUUUAGAAUCUCAAACGUCGACGUUAUCUUAUAUCUAUCUUGGAUCGAUCGAUUUUCAUAACCUUUUCCCCUUUCGGCAAUUGGCUAAAUGCGAAAACCUCCAAGAAUUAAUUAUCACAAGAUGUUGGAACUUUGGAUCCUCUAAUUAUGACUUAAUGGAUCCAACAUCGUUUGCACGAUUGAGUGCUAUUGAACUUAUAUUUUCAGAAAUUCCAGAUCUCUUGGCCAAGACAUUUUUUGUUCAGGCUGGUAAGUCUUUGAGAAAGAUAAGGAUCAGACAAGCACCCUAUGGAAUGUUUACAGAAACUUUAAAAUGUUUCGCCGAAAACAAUCCCAACAUAACUUAUUUAUCUGCUUCUAUUAAUCCUGAGGAAAUAUUUGUACUUAAUAAAUUUCUAAAUACAUGUCAAAAGUUAAAGCACCUUGAACUUUGGGAUAAAAAUACACCCGAAGAAAGACAAUUUGGUGAAUUACGUUAUCUGAUGAGAUUGGUUGAAACAAUUAAUGUUGAUGAAUUCCUACCUCAAAUUG